AUGGAUCCUACUUCGAAUGAUCAUCAAGAAUUGGAACAGGUCGAAGCCAUCGAUGAUCUUCUCGAAGAUUUCUGGUUCUUUGAUAACUUACUUGACAGAAGAUCAAGAAUCUUGAGGUACUGUCAUUCAGAUCCUUACCCUUUUUCUCCUUUUUCUUCUUCCCCUUCUACUUAUCCGAAACCCGAAUUCCCAAAAAUUGGAGAUUUGGAUUCGGAGAAGAAGCUUCUAGAAGCUCCCACAGGGGCAGACUCCGUUGCACCGCCGUGUACAGAGACAAAAGAAGGUAGAGGCGAGCCUGAGAAGAUAAACAAGAUGAGAAGGCAGUUCUCUGAGAAGAUUAGGGUUCAAGAACGAAGAACUUACUUGCAGAAGAAGGAACCUGUGGUUCGAGAGAAGGAAAUUAAAGAAGGUUCUAGAAAGAACAGAACUGGUAGUAGUUGUAAUAACAACAGUGUCCAGUGUUGCCCGAUGGGAGUGAGUUUGCAGAGAACUCAGACAUUACCCAGUUACAUAGGAAGAGAAGAUGAUGGAAAUGAGUUUCGAGAUCAAGAGAGCGACGAUUCAAGAAUGGGAUUCUUAAUUCGUGAAGCCAUCGCAAGCUCUUCUUCUGGUUUUACUCCGACGAAACAGAGUACACCAAAGAUUUCAAGCAUUCCAAGGCAUAGACCACCGAGGAACUCGAGAUCAGAGGAAGCUAUUCAAGAAAUGGUCGCCAAGUCACAAAGAAUUCCAAACCGGAAAACGCUUCGAAAGACAUUAAGCAGCAUCGACACGAAAGAGAUUCUGGUGAUGAAAGAAUUGGACAUUGAUUCGGAGAAGAAACAAGAAAAAGAAGACGAAGAACAGAGGAGGGUCCCACGCGCCGCCGUGAAAAGCCGGUCUGCAGCGGUGGUGGGACCGUCAAACCCAAUUCCGGUUUGGGUUCGCAAAGAUUCGAGAAGAGACAUGAAAGCGCAAAUCAAGUUCUGGGCUCGAACCGUCGCAAGUAAUGUUCGGCAAGAAUGCUGAAAAUCAUUCCUUUUCGUUAACACAACAAAUGAUUUCUAUAAAUUUAACACUCAUUUCCAUAUUCUU